CUAAACUAAACAGUGAACCAAUGAGUCUUUAGACAUUAUUUAAUAUCUGUGCACAACAACAAUAACAAAUAAUCUAAAAUUUCGUAAGAUCUCAUGAUUGAUGACGAUGAUUAAUUAGAAAUAAAAGAUAUAUUAAAAAACGAUGGCGGCGGCAUUUCAACAGCAAAUAUUUGCUUUAGACGCCCGUUUUAACACAUACCGUGCACCAAACAACCCAAACUUUAAAACUCUGUACAUUCGACGCCGCAGUCAACUGCUGAGAGAGAAUGCAAAAUUCAAGGACAUAGAGACUAUAAAGAAGUACAUUCAUGUCCGGAGUCAGCUGCUGCAGCGUCGGUACGGUGUGCUGGACAACAUUUCCAUCAGCUCAGCAUCUUCCAGGGCUAGAUCUAGUAGUAAGGCAAGCUUGGCAUUGGACGUCAAUCCCACAAGCACCAGUAAAAAGAAGAAUGAUAUGACAAUAUCUGAGAACUAUGCAUUCUCUGGUGUACACCACAUUUUUGAUCAGCACACAGAAGAAGUGAGCGUAGUGAAGUUCGCCAACAACGACCGCUCCAAGCUGUGCUGCGCGUCGCACGACGGAUCUGUCUCCAUCUGUGACGUCACGGCCAGUCCGCCGCGCGUCAGCUUCAUACUGGAGGGGCACACCAAGCCGGUUACUGGCUGCGACUGGUCGGCGUCCAACGAGCUGCUGGUGACGGCGGGCGCGGACGCGCGGCUGUGCGUGUGGGAGCUGGCGCGGCGCGCGCGCCUGCGCUGCGUGCGCGACCCGCUCGGCGCGCCGCUGCUGUGCUGCGCGUUCCAGCCGGCCAAUAACAACAUGGUCAUCGCCGGCAACGCUAGGGGCAUGGUGGCAGUUCUCAAUGUUUCAACAGGAAUUUAUCCUAAAGGUGGCAGCAGUAUCCUGGGCGGGAGAGUGUUGUCUAUAGCGUGCGAGUCCAGCGGACGGAUGUUUUGGGCGGCUAACGAUAAGGGCAUGAUAGUGAGCUACCGGCUGGAGGGCGCGGGCGGCGCGCUCAGCAAGCUGCGGCGCUGCGGCGUGGGCGGCGCCGUGUCCAGCCUCGCCUGGAGCCCGUGGCUCGCCCGCCACCCCGCGCUGCUCGCCAGCGCCGCCGACAACUCCCUCUACUUGUUCAGGAUCGCCGACCGCGACGGCAGCUUAGUGCUGAAGAAGCGUUUCGACACGGUGCACAGCAAGCACGCGGUCAAGUCCACUUUCUGUCCCAUCAUGUCGUUCCGCCGCGGCGUGUGCGUGGCCACGGGAGGGGAGGACGCGUGUGUCUACUUCCUGGACAUAGAAGGGAGGGCUGAUCAUCCCGUUGUCAAUAAAUUGCAAGGUCACGCUGCGCCGGUGCUGGGUGUCAGCUUCAGCUACGACGAGAGCCUGCUGGCCACCAGUGACGUCACGGGACUCGUCAUCAUCUGGCGGCGAAGCUGACCCCAGGCGGGGUUUGACAUGCGAGUUGAUAGGUACUAGAGGACCAAAUAAGUCCAAAGGGCCUAUCAUUGUAAUGUUUCUCAGAUUCUGAAGGCUAGAAGUAAAGCAUCAGAUGAAACAUUAUAUAUUUUACCAGAAUCUCGACGAAGUAAAGAAAUAUUUCAAAGCUCAGAUUCACGCGCGCGGAGAUUGAUUCGAACUUAUGACAUGUACUUUUUGUUUAAGCUGUGAUAAUUAUAUUUUGACUUUUUAAUCAAUAUUAGAGACCAUUUAGAGUGGGCAAAUAAUUUAAAUAGAUUGUAUUAAUGUUAAAAUGUAUUGUUAUGUGGUAAGUAUUAAUUAAAAGACAUUAUAUUGAGUCACAAUUUUUAUUAUUU